AUGGCCGCAAAGAACCUUCCCCCGGCGUUCAACGCCAGUGCUCAGGACAUCGAGAUGCUGCUGUCCGCCCAGUGCCACAUCGGCGCAAAGAACCUCCAAGUCCACAUGGAGCCAUACCUGUGGAAGACUCGCCCAGACGGCGUCAAUGUCAUCAACAUUGGCAAGACCUGGGAGAAGAUCGUCCUCGCAGCUCGCAUCAUCGUCGCCAUUGACAACCCAGCCGACGUUGCCGUCAUCUCUGCCCGUCCAUACGGCCAGCGUGCUGUCCUCAAGUUCGCUGCCCACACCGGUGCCUCUCCCAUCGCUGGUCGCUUCACCCCCGGUAACUUCACGAACUACAUCACCCGCUCUUUCAAGGAGCCACGCCUGAUCAUCGUGACCGACCCGCGCACCGACGCCCAGGCCAUCAAGGAGGCUUCCUACGUCAACAUCCCCGUCAUCGCCCUCACUGACACCGACUCGCCCACCGAGUACGUCGACGUGGCCAUCCCAACCAACAACAAGGGUCGUCACGCCAUUGGUCUUGUCUGGUGGAUGCUCGCCCGUGAGGUCCUCCGUCUCCGUGGCACUCUCGCCAGCCGUGAGGCCGAGUGGGAUGUCAUGACCGAUCUGUACUUCUACCGCGACCCAGAGGCCGAGGAGAACAAGGAUAGCGCUGGUCAAGAGGAGAGCAAGGUCCCAGGUGCGGACGAGGUUGGCCCAGCUGCCGUCGAGAGCGGAUUCAACAACGAGUGGGAGGUUGGCAACGCUGGCUCUAGCGCCUUCGCCGCUGCCAGUGGUACUGGUGGUGCUGCCGCGGCUUCGACUUGGGACGCUGAGGGUGCCGACUGGGCUGCUGCCAGUGCUCCAGUCGAGACCGGCAACCAGGGCUGGGCUGCUGAUGCGCCUGGAGAGGCUACCGCAGACGCCCCCGCCACUCAGUGGUAG